CAUGGUUUCCGACUACUUCUGGCUUAGUUAGACUCAGUGUGCGUACAUCUACACUCUAUAUGUAUAAAGAGAACUUCAACUUAAGCCUCCCCUCCCCUCCCCUCAUGGCCAUUCAUGUACCUACUACACCGGCGUGCUCCUUCCACUUCUUUGACUUCUCCCAAGACGCUCUUUUGAACCUUGAAGUUCAAGUACUUGUGUGAUAAGAAUUGAAUUGUAUAUAUAUAUAGAACUAUUGGACCGUCCCACCGAAUUCGCCUUCUUUCCGAAACCAGGGUUUUAUAACACUAACACUGCUACUAAAUUCUCAACGAGGCGUUGGAUAUAUCGUUCUCUUUCCUUGGGCGUGGAUCGACCCGUCGCUUCAUAACAAUCUAAGAGCUCAAAGUCCAUCGACUAAGCUUAGGUUUCAUUUCUAGAAUAAGGGAAAAGCCAGGCUCGGUUCUGCCCUGACCUCUGGGCCGGUCUUGCCAUAAACACGAUUAGACCGCACCUGGCUGCCACUCGCUGCUGCUGCUGCUGCAAGUCGACUUUGCUGAAGCUAGGAGGCUAAACGAUUUUUCCUGCUCCCCUUCGUUUGGAACUACGCAGCAAAUCCGAUAGCUAGGGACGGUUUCAUAUUUAUUCUCGAUCAUCAAAUAGACAUGUUUAAACUCGGCUGUCUUGUGGACGGUUCCUCUCCAAGAGAGGUGCCUUUUGAUCGGAUUCGCCCAACCCACCUGCGCAGAGAUGGACACGAGCCGGAACGAAUCACUCUGCCGCCCAUUCGCGAGGCUUUUCCUCAAAUCCUGGAAGAUGUUCCUUCUGAAUCGGCGAGAACGCCGCCAUCGGCUGUGUCGCCCGUUAAACCAUCCCCGGAGUACCUUUAUUCUCCCAAUCAGGUAAAGGGAAGACGUGCGUCUCGCGAAGAAGAGAGAGAAUUCGAUAGGGCUAGUCAAGUACCACGGUUCUAUCCCCAUUCACAAGCCGGAUCCCGUCCACAGUCACCAACUGCUUAUGGGUACUGUCCUUCAGGUCCCGCGUAUUCGAACAGCUCAAGCCCCAACUCUAGAGUAAUGGACAUCGGAAACCUAACGGCGCCUCAUGAUCAAAAGUUGGGCCACGGCACUCUGUUUGCACAAUUUCCUCCUUUGUGGUCACCUACAAGUCUCGGGCCAUGUGAACGGAGGGACGCAAGACGACUACCUCCUUUACCACCAAUGAAUUAUGAUCUUCCAGUUCGUACGCGCGGCCGCUCCAAUGAUGUGCAAACCUCUGAGCACUCCAGACCGCCCAACAUGGUCUUCGGCGGCGGCCCCUUCGCGGAAGCCGAGAACCAAGCGUACAUGCGUUUAAACCACAGCUACGGCUAUCACCAUCCGAACAGGCCCCAGUCACUCUCUGUCGGGUCGACACCCCUCGAUGGCACACAGUAUCCCCCUGGUGCCUACAUGCCGCCUUACCAAGACCAGUAUCUACACAUGAACGACAUCGCCGCGGGAACGAACGGCCAAAAUAAGGAGCGCAGACGCCGCGGCAACCUGCCCAAAGAGACUACGGACAUACUCCGUAGCUGGUUCAUGGCUCACCUGGUUCAUCCGUAUCCAACCGAGGACGAGAAACAUGAGCUAAUGAGACGGACAGACCUGCAAAUGAAUCAAAUCUCGAACUGGUUUAUCAACGCUAGACGACGACAGUUGCCGGGCAUACUGAAUGACGCACGCGCCGAGCAAGCAGCGUUGAAGGGCCGCGCGGUAGAUCCUACACUCAAGCGAGACGCGACAGGACAAGUUCCCGGAGAAAACCCGCACAGCGAUGGCGAAACGAGUUACGAGGAACUAGACGUAGAUCCAGGUCUACGGCGGCCCCGAAAGAAACGGGGAAGCAUUUAGUGGCGUUUCACGAUAUCCUAUCAACUCCUUUUUUUUCUCUAUUAUUGUUAUUAUUAUUUCGUACGGGUUGUCGAAUUAUUGCUACUACAGCGGACAUGGCGUUUUUCUAGGAUGCACACUUCUA